UUUAGACUAAAAAAUGCUCCACUUUCAGCCCUCACUCACUCACUCACUCAAGCUCUCAGCCUCUCACCAUAUCCUAUGAAUUCGAAUACACAAGAAGACACGAACAUCCAUGCCAAACAUUAACGCCACAUAGAAAUUUGUCUUGCAGGCCUUCUAAAUUCCCUUCACCACUGAAUCCAAAAUUCUCUCGUCAAAUGCAAAGUGCCCCUCUUUCUUUUCGUCCUUGUCCCUAUAUUUCACACCAUAUAUAAUAUUAAUAUAUAUACACAUCCUAACUCUCCCAAACCCCUUACUUCAUAUAUUUGUUUUCUCCUUUUUCUCAACGUUACGCAAUAACCAUGCCAAACGCUUCAAAGAACAACAGGUUCUUAACCUGUUUCCGUCCCGUGGUUGAUAUAGAUUCCAUGCUUGAAUCCAGAGCUGUUGCUGAUCGCACUUCUAGUCAACGUUUUACGUGUAUCCCCGUUUCAUACAAACAUGACACCAAAAAUUCACCCACCAAACCCACGUUUUCGGACCAAGACAUGCCACAGAGUUCGGUUGUGCUUCUGCCUCAUCCUCCAAAACGAACGUUUUCUAAGGUCAUUAAAGCCGUGGUGUUCCAAACCGUAUUGAAUACAAGAGUUCGCAAUAAAAAUCUUCAUGGCCAAACCCAAAAUUGUAUUGGAUCAAAGAGUGGUUACUCGACAUGUGAUGAGAAAAAAGCUUUUGUGGUCACUAAUGUUCAAGAAAUCAAGGCUCCUGAAUGGUCUCCAACGGUUUCAUCAUCAAAUAAUUCGUCCGUAUCCGAGUCGAAGAAUAAAUCCAAGAGUGAGUCCACUAAAGAGCAAGUACUGAAGCAAAAGAAGUUCCAUUGCGGGGGAAUAUACUGGAUUCUCGUAAGCUUAGCAAUUACGGCGUUUUGGGGUAAGAUUAAUGUUAUUAUUUUGACAUCAUUGUUGUUAUGCUUUUUGUGGGUUUGGAACGCAAGAUGGGAAAAAGGGGUUGCCAAGUUGCGGAAUGCAGAAUCCAAAGUCAACAAGAAUAGGCGUAGGGACCAUAGUGGAAGGGGUGGUGGAAAUAAGGAACGUUUGUAAUAAUGGUCAUGAAAAUGUUUGUUUUACGUGAGGAUGCUCUUUUUCUGCUUGAGGUCCAAUGGACAGAGACACAAGUUUCUUGCAACGUUUUUAACUUUUAUAGUUGAGGAAACCUGAACUCUUGAAGCACCUGUUUUGGAUUCCCAUAGAUAAAAAAAAAUCCUAUCAGGAUUGUAAGUAAGCUUUUAAAUUCUAAAUGUUUUGAAAUAAGUGUUGCUUUUUACAUAGGUUAACUUCAAUCAGAUGAGAAAAUUAAAAUAUGUGGUCAAUGCCUCAAUGGUCAUUCAGUUUUAAAUAUUAUUUAUGAAGAUAUUUUAGGCUGAGUCAUUACUUGCAUCAGACGCAAUUUUAAGUGCCAGCAGUUUCUUGAAUUAAAGGACGUUUAAUUCCAUGAUAUUACAUCCAUAGAUUUGCUUAAACUUGCCAACCAAACACACUUGUAUAUAAGUUUC